AUGGAGCCCCUCGUAACCCCUGCCGCCAACAGAGCCCGUCGAGCUCCACCCCCCGGGCCGCCGCCAGCGAAGCGUGACUGGUUCACUCGCCACGAGCAAUCUCAGCAAGAAGCUCGACAACGGCAACAAGGUCGAGAUGGAGAAGCUCGGCAGCCACAACAAUGCAAUGCCCUCGUCUUCCCGCACGGGAAGCACAGAGGCAAGACGGUGGACAUGAUAGCACAAGACGAUAUCCGCUAUCUGGCGUGGCUCUGGACGCAUCCACAAGGACAGCGCCAGUGUGGCAAGAUACCCGGUUUCAGGGAGGAAUUGGAUAGCUUGUGGAAGAGAAGGGGGCAGGAUCCGGAGCCACUCGUGGCGGGACGGCCAAUAUCGUGGCAACCAAUACCUUCUCUCCCCGAAGCCAGUCAACCGCCCCCUCAAUCGCCAGCCCCCCGGGACAGCCAAGUCCAUGAAUGGCAACAGCACAUACAGCAGGCGAUGUAUAAGAUUCACGAAGAAGGCGAGGACACAUACGACCUCGUCCGCGGCGUGCACGACGGCAUCGUCCAUCUCGACCGGGGCCUAUACCAGCUGCAUCGAGACAACGAGGACGCCAAUGAGUUCACUCAGCGACGAUUGGCGCGGCUGGAACUGCAUCUGGAGGCCCUGCGGCGGGGGCAGGCCGAUGGUGAUCGCCUGACCAGCUCCGCAGCUCGGACGGUAGUCCAGCAGGUAAAGCUUUCCGAGAGUCGUCUGGACUAUAAGAUGCAGGGCAUGCAACGGCACACGCAGGACGGAAUGGAUCGCCUCGGGCGGAAUACGCUGGCCGACCGGAGGGCCGUGAACGAGCACACGACGGCGGAGCUCGGUCGCUUGCAGCAGAAUGUCAAGCAGGCAAUUCAGAAUGGUAAUGAGGUCCUAGCCCAAACUAUCGGCUCCGGCCAUCGAGAGCUGCUGGACUUGAUGAACGAGGUCCGGGACGAGGUCCUGGAACACCAGAGCGGAGUGAGCAACAUGGCCAACCGCUUCGACUCUUUCAUUGCGGGUUCCAACAAAGACCUGCUCGAGCAGCAACGGACCAUCAUCGUUCAGACGCUCAAAACCCACAUAGACAAUACUUGGGGGAAGUUCCAGAAGCAGCUGGUCGCGUUGAGAAGUUCCCCGCUUCCCGAGCGCCUGUCUGGCUCGACGUUGUCGGUCGCCAUCCGCGAAGUGACAUCCAUGGCGCCUGAAGUAUCCCAGCAGCAAGCCAGGGUGUCGCAGGGCGAGGCCGAGAACCACUCCCUGCAGCAGCAAGUCUGCGACCUCGAAACCACCGUCGAGGCGCUUAGAUCCGACCUGGACAAGGCACGCCAACAGGCGCCAACCCAGACCCAAUUCCUGCAGGAGCAUCUCCAAGUCGCCAAGGACGAAGUCAGCGCCAUCAAGGAGCAAGAGCAGCGCUUUGUCGCUGACCUCGCCGAGCAGGUCGCCAUCCUGGAAGGGAAGAAGGCCGAACUGAUUGACAAAUCGAGCCGCCUGGAGGAAGAGCUGGACAAGGCGGGCAUCCUGCACAAGGCGCACCUCCAGAGCAUGCAGGUGCAGCACGCAGCCAAGAUGCAGGAUCAGGACCGCCAGAUCGCCGCGCUCUCAGCCGAGCUGUCAGUGCUCAAACUCGAAUCAUUCUCCGCCACUACUAAUCCUAAUACCGAUACGGAGGCGCAACAACAAGCAGCAGCAUUCUUCGCCAACCUCGCUGUCGUAGCAGAGCUCUCCAAAGAGCUCAACACGCUCAACGCCGCGCUCGAAAAAGCGCAGACACGCUUUGAGCGUACUCGCGCGGACACAAAGAAGCUCGCGGACGAGGUGGAUGGGUACGAUUUUCAGCUGGAGGAGAGCGAGGAGACGCUUCUUGCGGUUAUUAGGAGGUUGAAGGAGGGGGGUGCGGGCGGCGGGGAGGGUGGGAAAGAAUGGGUGAGCGGAAAGGUGGGCUGGGAUGGUGGGGACGGUGGGGAGAUUGGGGACGGUGGUGAGGGCGGAGAGGGCGGAGAGGGCGGGGAAAGUAGCGGCGUGAUUGCCGACUUGGAGCGCUUGUGUGCUUCUUUGAGGGGGCUGAGGGAGGGCGAUGCCUUAGACGUGGAUGUGGAUGUGCAGGGUAGUAACGGAGAGGGGGAGGACCGAGAGGGGGAGGAGCAAGAAGGGAAGACUGCUAUUGAAGUCGGUGGUACCGAUACCAAUGUCAAGGACGCUGCCACUACGCAGUCAGUAUAA